GCAGCAGUAGAGAGGUGGACUCACACACACACAGGCUGAGCUCAACCUGCUCCACAGAACAGGAGGACAAACCCGGACAGUUUUGUACCGUUUAACUGGAUCUUCGAGUCUCCAUCUGGACCAGAACUCACCACAGAAAUGAGACUUUUAAAAAUCACUUAAACCCAAAUAUUUGGAUUGUGUUCGCUUCCAAUCUGUUGAUGCUUUGGUUGCAGCAAACAUGGCAUAAGUUUCCAUGCAUUGGGGUCCAGUUUGGUGUUGGGACAUUCAUCCCAGAGUCCAGAUAGCUGAGGGCGAAGCGGUGGAAGGAGGGGGAACCGGACCCUCAGCGGGAUGCUGCGCAUCUGGAACUGCCUGCUGCUCGGAUAUCUGACCUGGAACCUGCGCAUAUCGGACGCUCAGGGGGAGUACUGCCACGGCUGGUUGGACUCUAACGGGAACUACCAUGAAGGCUUUCAGUGUCCGGAGGACUUUGACACCACAGACGCCACCGUGUGCUGCGGUUCCUGCGCCCUGCGCUACUGCUGCGCGGCCGCGGACGCGCGUCUGGACCAGGGGGGGUGCACCAACGACAGGGAGGCGGACAGCACGCAGUUUGCACCGCAGCCCAUCUAUGUCCCCUUCCUGAUGGUGGGAAGCAUCUUCAUCGCCUUCGUCAUCGUUGGCUCCCUGGUGGCGGUCUACUGUUGCACCUGCCUGCGGCCCAAGCAGCCCACCCAGCAGCCCAUCCGCUUCUCUUUACGCAGCUGCCAGGGAGAGACCAUCCCUAUGAUCCUGACCACGGCCCCUCCCAGCCUGCGUGCUCCGUCUAGGCAGUCCAGCACGGCCACCACCAGCUCUAGCUCGGCUGGCGGCGGGAGCUCCACUCGGAGGUUUUCUCUGGGGGGUCAGAGCCAGCAGCAGCACGGCUGCCUUGUGUCCGCCGCGGUCUCUUCGUCAGCUUCUACCCCUACUCAGACUCCACAGACUCUACUACCUCCACCGCCACCUCCGCCCUACACAUCGCCACCUGCAGCGAUAACAGGAGGCUUCCAGCACUCACAGCUGCAGCUGCACCAGGCCUCCAUCUCUACGCAGAGCACCAGCUUCCUGCUUCCCCAGCAGUACUUCUUCCCCCUGCAGCCUGACGCCUUCACCGCCACCAAGGGCUUCGCUGACUUUGGCCAGAGCUGACAGGGAUCCCAGCCGGGGCCCACUCAGGCUUCUCACCAGAGGGUGGAGCUUGAGUCGCUGAAGAAAAACAUGGCUGCCGAGCUCGGUGUAAAGGACUGAGGUCGGAUCAACAAGCGCACAGAGCAGGCAGACAUAAAGUCUCCUCUUUGGGACUAUUUUAUACACUUUUAUAAAAACAGCAGAUCUCUGGGGUUAAAAUCCUCAAAAAAACAUUAAAAAUGUCCCAAGUUAAUAUUGUUCUUUUAAUAGAAGUAUAUUAUACAGCAGAAUUUAGGACGUUUAAAAUGUAAAAAGGACACCUAAAAGUGAAAAGAAUUUUCUUAUAAAAGAAACAAGGACUUUCUUUUCCUGAGAUGAUUCUCUAAUGUGAGAUAAUUAAAAGCUGUUUCUUGUCAA